CUGACAGCAACAUUUUGGUCUGAAGCAGGAAAGAUUAACGCCAUCCAGUGGAGCCGCCAGCCGGCAAUCUAUAAGCUCUUGCUACCAAUGCUUCCCUAGCCUGUCAGUUGAAGCGUAACCCUUUUUUAGAUCUGUAUCUGAACAUGGGUAGCGGCGCCUAUAUAGUACUGAGUAUGGAAAUGUCGAGAACGGAAUGGUGUUGAUGAGUGACGAUUUUUACAUAUCUUUGGCAUGGUGGUCGCUCCUGGUAUUCUCAACCAUUUCUUUGUUGCUCCGUUUUUACCUCGUUUUUGAAAUGAUGCGCCGCCUAGUGGUCUUCUGGGUUGGGGUUCUUCUCUUCGACAUUCAAUAUGCCGGAGUGCAGGCACAAAAGGCGGUUUGGAAGACUCCGGUGAAGGGCGAAAACCUGGAAGCCAACACGAUAGACUCGGUGUUGUUGGAUUGGACCUCGACCCUUCCCACCACAAUCCUGCGGAUGUGGUGUCAGAAUAAAACAGAUGCAAAUAAUCUAGUUUUAGCUAGCUCAUUCUUUGUCGAUUCUAAAGGACCCUUCGAAUAUGUUAUGGAACAAUAUCUGCAAGACAAAACGGAGUUUCCUCUUGCCUGUCAUGCCGAACUGGCGGAAAAGCCAGUUGGUGGCGGUACCGAUUGCCCGGCUGCGAUCGUGUGGUCGUCCAACGCAGCUGAAGCGGCGAAGACGGUUUCGCAGACGAAAGCGGCCUCAACUGUCACCAUAACGCCUUCAGCGAACUCAACCCCACCAGGUCAAACUCCAACCCCAACUCCAACCCCAACUCCAAGUUCAACCCCGCCGUCAACUACGGACUCUACUACUAGCGACUCCCCAUCAAAACCUCCCACACCUACAUCGAGCACAGGCCCGGAGGAAACCGCCAAGUCUCCGACGAAUAGCUCAGGGGAAAAUCCCUCUGGCGCCACGACAGCUCCAGUAGCACCCGCAUCUACACCCAACAGCACAGGUGCCAUAAUAGGGGGUGCAAUUGGCGGCGUAGCCCUCAUAGCCUUUAUCAUCCUCGCAGUCCUCUUCCUGCGAAAAUUCCAACGGAACCGCGCAGCCUCCCCCAUUCCCACCGAGUCGACACGACGGAGUUUCUAUCUCUUCAACGCCUACAACAAAAGGGGGCCAAAGGCGCGUACUACAGGCGUCUUUGAGAAGGAGGGUGAGUAUGGGCUAGGGGUACAGGAGAAAGAGGGCGGUGAUGUGUCUCGUAGUGGGGGGGUUUAUGAGUUGCCGGAAAGUCAAAGGGAGAGGCGGUAUAGUCCUGUUGAGCUGCCAGGCGGCUCGGUUUAUUACCCAUGACAGGGUUGUGAUGGGUAGGAAGUGGAAGAUAGCCUGAGUUGGUUGUAAUAGAUGCGAUUUAACGAUAUGAUUCAUGUACGGUAUAAAUUAUAGCAUAAGCACAAG